CUUUGUGAAGUUUUUGAUUUUAUUGUCGAGGACGUCAGGAGAGUAACACGGAGCUCGCUGUCGGACAUCUGCUCGGCUUUUCCUGUCCUUUCUCCUCACUCUGGGCAUUGUGUUUAUUCAAAACAAAACAAAACCGCACGAGAGCAGAAGCGCAACUGUUUUACAGACAACUCCAGUUGGAGCAGCCAUGCUCAUGUGUGACUAUCCAGUGAAGGCAGACGGGGAGACGGGUUACUCAUCCUUGGUGAAGUCUCAGGCGGUGGAAACGUACAGCGCCAUGUUCUCCAUCGGUCCUCACCCCUCUCAGUUCUGCUACGCUCCUCCGUACCCUCCGUACCACAGCCCCACACACACACACACUCACACACACACUCACACGCACACACACACUCCUGCUCACGGCCCCGACGCCCCCACACACACGCAGCUGGAGCCUGUGGAUCUGUCGCUCAGCAAGAAACCCUCGCCUCCGCCCUCUUCCUCCUCACCUUCAUCAUCAUCAGCCUCGUCGUCCAGAGCCACGCCUCCGUCCCCUUACGAGCGCAUCAGCCGCUCUGACUCCGCCUCCAUGACCGGAUCUCCCUCUGGCUCGCCCGGGAUGCUGACUCCGCCCAUGGCGCUGUCCUUCCCGACCGUCCAGUUGAUGACUCCGCUGGUUUCAGCCCCUGGUCCAGGUCUCAUCCCCGUUCUGCCCAGCGUGAUCCUGCCCUCCAUGCCCCUGCUGUACCGACCCCACGUCCUGCCCUCCCCCAUCAUGCUCUUCCCUCACAAGCCUGACGAUCAGAAGGGCGGAGCUUCAUCUCUCACAACCGACGCCGCCCACGACCAACAGCCAAUCAAAACGGAGCAUCACAGCGACAUCGCUCCCAUCACGUACAGGCAGGAAAUUCCAUCGCCGAGCUAUAAUGAGGCCAUCACACACUCUGUGAUAGUACCCACCCCUAAAGUGGAGUCUCCCGACCCGCUGAAGAAGCGACGCAUCCAUCGCUGUGAUUUUGGAGGCUGCAACAAAGUGUAUACGAAGAGCUCACACCUGAAAGCCCACAGACGCACACACACAGGGGAAAAGCCGUACAAGUGCUCGUGGGAAGGCUGCACGUGGAAGUUUGCACGUUCCGAUGAGCUGACGCGUCACUUCCGCAAACACACCGGGUCGAAACCGUUCAAGUGCUCGGAUUGCGACCGCAGCUUCUCACGCUCCGAUCAUCUCGCCCUGCACAGGAAGCGCCACCUGCUGGUGUGACGUCUAGACGCAGAGGCGGGGCAGCGAGUGCACCUUCAUGACGGACUGCACUGUUCCAUACACAAGUCACGAAAGAACUGAGACCACGGCACCAGGAGGACUUCCUGUCACCUCUGGGCUGAUAUAAUGAGACAUGUGAACCCGUAACGUAUCGUCAGAUCCACCAGCACAAUGUUCAGCACCCUUUACUGGACUCUACUGGACACUUCCAGAGUAUCUCUCUCUCUCUCUCUCACUCUGUCUUUCUUUCUUCACAUCUCUCACACAAUACAGUCAGGCCCUCUGCUGGUCAAAGGGUUUAUUGUGCCCCCCCCCCCCCCCCCCACACACACACCCCCUGGGUCAACCCUGAAAAAUGUGAAUUCUUUUUCAUUUUUAUUAUUAUUAAUAAUAUAAUAAUUAUUAUUUUAGUCAGGAAAAAUCUUUUAACUCUUUAAUUUUGUAAGCAGUAAAGUGUCCCGUGCGUAGGCAGGGUUUAAUCAGUUUAUUUGAUGCUUUCCUUGUUUGUUUGGGUUUGUUUAUUGACUUUAUUCAUAUAUAUUUCUUUAAUCUGUUGUCUUUAAUUACCGUAUUUUCUGGACUAUAAGACACAUUUUUUCGCCCCUUCUCGUCUUUCCGGUAAAUACACAGCCUGUAUUUCCCGCGUGGUGUAGAAAAGCUACACAUGCACUAAUCACGCAUCAUAUCUCGUUGACAAUCAGUUUUAGGAUAUGAGGUUAGAGAUAUUAAUCUAAAUAUUUUGGCACGUGACUGCACGUGAGUACGCGCGCGCGCGUGGACACGUCUGGAGAUUUUAUUUUUUUUUUUAAAGCGACGUCCAUUUGAAGGCAUCUAGCACUGGUCAAUUUAUCGAUUUAUUUUAAUUAUUAUUAAUUUUUUUUUUACAUAUUUAGUUUUCAUUUCCGUGAUUAAUCGCUUCUUUAAAAAAAAACAACAACUUUACGCCGUCCUCGUGAGCUGCGUCUUAAAUGCAAGCGCAAAAAAAACCGUUCUCACAGACGGACGCACGUGAUUGGCUAGUUUCACUGUGAUUGACACACAGACUUUAGCUCCUCCCACCUGAACGGCAGAGCCUCUCUUGCGCCAUUUGAAUCUGUUUGACCGUGAAACACUCCUCGGCACGCGCACACCAAGGCACGUGUCAUGUGUCAGAAUAGAGAUGAAAACGUUUACUAUGAUAAUAUUAAUAAUAAAAAGCUUUACCUUAAUACAACACAACAGGGGUUACUUCCUGUUCUCCUCAGCAGAGGGGGGCGUGUCUUCUCCUCCAGAAACUAGGGUCUUGUAUAAGAAAGAAAUGCUAAUUGCAGUUGCGUGUGUAUAUGAUUUGAUGUUUUAUAUACCGUAAGUACUGUGUACUGUAUCAGAACUGUGUACUUGCACAUCGAGUAAAGACCUUGUUUCAUGCAGUUGCAGGUAUUUAUGUACAUGGGGUGCCAAAACCUUUACAACACGAUCACGAUACCAUAGCGCAUGGGCUCGAGUGAAGCGCGCGCUCUCUUUUCCGUGCAUUUUACUUUUUUAAAAAAUAAAUAAAUAAAUAUCGUGAUUCGCCCGGCGUCCCGGUUAGGAGCCGAUCCUCAAACUUUAAUCGGUUAGCUGCUAUGACGUAGCAUCGAAUUACUAUCCUCAGCGCUCGUGGAUGUAGAACCGGUGAAAGGAAUUUUGUACUGCGCAUGUGCGGGAAAUCCUGUCUCGUAAUACUACUGCUAUACGUUCUAACGUGUUGUUAGUGGCAAUUUCGCGCAUGCGCAGAACAAACCGUGUUGCCGGUACGGCUCGAGUAGUGACCGUGAUAUUGUUGCUGUAAUACUGUCACUACUCGUGCCGGAAACACGAUUUGUACUGCGCGUGCGCGGAAAUCUUGUCUGACGUAUGACAAAGCGAUUUUUUAUUUUCGGGGUGUUUAUUAUAAUAUUGCUGUUAUAAUACUACUAAUCACAUAAUAACGUUCAUAAUAGCGGCAAGUUCGCGCAUGCGCAGUACAAACCGUGUUCCCGGUAUGGACUGAUUAGUGACAGUAACACGGUUGUUAUGAUACUGUCAACACGGAAACACGGUUUGUACUGCGCAUGUGCGGAAAUCUUGUCUGAACUAUGACGGAUAUUUUUCUAUAAUACUGUACUACUACUACUAUUAUUAUUAUUAUUAUUAUUAUGACGUGCUAGCAGCAAUUUCGCGCAUGCGCAGGGGGGAAAAACCCCAUGCGCAUGCGUAGAACAAAUUUUUCUAAUACUACUAAUCGUGUAAUAGUUAUCAUGGUUUUUGUUAGCAGCAUUUUCGCGCAUGCGCAGUACAUAUCGAUACGGAUCGAGUAGUGACACCGGUUUAGGGCUGUGGUGUAUGAAAAGCAGUCCGGAUUUCAUUCCAGAGCGAUUGUAUUUAUAUUUACACAUAAAAAAAUGUGAAUCAGUUUUUAUAUAAAACACAUGGGCAUUAUGGUUAAUGGAGUUCGGUUUGGUUGUGGGGAAUGUCUUUGGUGUGUGUGUGUGUGUGUGUGUGUGUGUGUUUCCAGUUGAGGUUCAGAAAAUUGCUUUUCUUGAUAUAAAGACGUUUUAUUAAAGAUUAAACUUGUUGACGCUAGUGUGCAAAACUAGCAAUGCUAAUGUUAGCAAUAUCGAUACAACAAUCACACCUAGACUUUUAUUAUUAUUAUUAUUAUUAUUAUUAUUAUUAUUAUUAUUUGUAUGAGUUCCAUAUUGUACAUUUCACUUCAAAAAAUAUUGGGAAAAAAUUAUCAUUUUGAAGAAAACUCCUUCUACACAUUAGCACUUCCUUUCAUCACCGUUUUUUUUUUAUUUUUCCAUCAGAGUGUAUCCACACAUUUUUAUUUUUACUUCUAAAAAAAAAGCGUCAGAAUGCAAACAAUCCAUCUUGUAAUAAAAUAAAAUGAAGUUUAAACCUCCAGAAAAAAAAACCCCGGACACGCUCUUUAACCACGUGUCUGAAGAACGAGGGAUGAGAGAGAAAAAAAACGACUGAAAGAGAUGAAGAAAGGAUGAAGUCACCACACACACACUGGAGAGCAACCCUACAGUGCACACAGUCGUCUAUAUUUUCAGGAUUAAUACAGCUGGAAAGGGAAAUUAAAAGGAAUUUUAUACACAUAAUGAUCUUUCUAUAUUUGUAAUCUCUUCCAUUAGUGUAUGCAUUUCUACAAAGAUGUGAAUCUUUAUUUCUGGAAUAUUUCUGUCUUUCCAUGAUAUAUAUAUAUGUUGUCCUCUUUUAAAAGGGAAUCAUGUAUCAAGCUGUGAAAGAAUAUACGCUGUACAUAAGGAAUAUUGUAUUGUUUUAGAUAUGAACUGUAUGGUUGAAUAAACUUCGAUCUCUGCA